AUUUUUUUUCUCUCUCUCUCUCUUUUCCUCCUCAAAUCGCAUUUCCUCAUCGUCCCAAUUCGAAACCCUCGAUGGGCGUUCGCGGAGAACCCCGUCUUUGACCCUAAUUUUCCCCAAAUCGAAGCCUAGAUCCGCUCGGAGUUCCUCUUUUCAGAUUGGAAGUUCUAGGGUUUGUUUGCUUUUUUUUUCGUUGAUUUAUGUGGCGAUGUCGUCGGUGCUGCCGAAAAGCGAUGCGGUGGAGAUCCGGGAGGUUUGGGCUGACAACCUCGAAGCGGAGUUCGCGCUGAUCCGGUCGAUCGUGGAGGAGUUCCCUUAUGUGGCCAUGGAUACCGAAUUCCCUGGCAUCGUUUGCCGUCCAGUGGCUAGCUUUCGUUCGAGCUCUGAAUACAACUAUGCGACCCUUAAGGCGAACGUCGACAUGCUGAAGCUUAUCCAGCUGGGUCUCACCCUUUCUGACGAGCUUGGCCACCUCCCGACCUGUGGCACUGGUCGUGGCUGCGUCUGGCAGUUCAAUUUCCGUGAGUUUGACCCCUCAAGCGAUGUCUUUGCUAAUGACUCCAUCGAAUUGCUCCGCCAGAGCGGCAUCGAUUUCACCAAGAACAUCGAGAAGGGUAUUGAAGCUCAGCGCUUCGCUGAGCUCCUCAUGUCCUCUGGGAUCGUCCUUAAUGACUCCGUUCAUUGGGUGACCUUCCACAGUGGAUAUGAUUUCGGGUACUUGCUCAAGCUUCUGACUUGCCAGAACCUUCCUGAGACCCAAGUUGGCUUUUUUAAUCUCAUCAACAUGUAUUUCCCAACUGUUUACGAUAUCAAGCAUCUGAUGAAGUUCUGCAAUAGCCUGCAUGGUGGACUGAACAAGCUUGCUGAGCUGCUUGAGGUGGAGCGUGUUGGGAUCUGCCAUCAGGCUGGUUCUGAUAGUUUGCUUACUGCUUGUGCUUUCCGUAAGCUCAAGGAAGCCUUUUUCAAUGGGUCUCCUGAGAAGUAUGCAGGCGUCUUGUAUGGUCUUGGUGUGGAGAAUGGCCAAAACAGUCAUUAAACAGAAUAAGAAAAAAAAAAAUGAAAAAAAAUGAUGAAGAUAGUAGUGAUAUUUAAUAAGAUUUGAAAUGAGAAAAUGCCCGCUGUUUGAUCUGUGUCUUUAUUUGUUUUUGUACAGUGCUUGUGUAGUAUUUCCUUUCAUCUUUCACAGGAAAGAAAAUGGGUUACGCUGCUAGUUGACCGUUUCUACAAUCAAUUGCUUCGUGGUUGAUUUGUUGGUCUUGAA